GCGCACCAUGGCCCGCGCCCAGGCUCUGGUCCUGGCGCUCACCUUCCAGCUCUGUGCGCCGGAGACCGAGACUCCGGCAGCUGGCUGCACCUUCGAGGAGGCAAGUGACUCAGCAGUGCCCUGUGAGUACAGCCAGGCCCAGUACGAUGACUUCCAGUGGGAGCAGGUGCGGAUCCAACCUGGUACCCGGGCUCCUGCGGACCUGCCCCACGGCUCCUACUUGAUGGUCAAUGCUUCCCAGCAUGCCCCCGGCCAGCGGGCCCAUGUCAUCUUCCAGAGCCUGAGCGAGAAUGACACCCACUGUGUGCAGUUCAGCUACUUCCUGUACAGCCGGGAUGGGCACAGCCCGGGCACCCUGGGUAUCUACGUGCGGGUCAAUGGCGGUCCCCUGGGCAGCGCUGUCUGGAAUAUGACGGGAUCCCAUGGCCGUCAGUGGCACCAGGCUGAAAUGGCUGUCAGCACCUUCUGGCCCAAUGAAUAUCAGGUGCUGUUUGAGGCCCUCAUCUCCCCAGACCGCAGGGGCUACAUGGGCCUGGACGACAUCCUGCUGCUCAGCUACCCCUGCGCAAAGGCCCCGCACUUCUUCCGCCUGGGCGACGUGGAGGUCAACGCCGGCCAGAACGCCUCCUUCCAGUGCAUGGCGGCGGGCAGGGCGGCGGAGGCAGAACAUUUUCUCCUGCAGCUGGGGCCCGGGACCUCACAGCAGCAUCCGUUGGCUCCGCCUCUACCCCAUGUCCUCGUAGAGCCCCCCACUCCCAUCGCGCCCCCGCAGCUGCUGCGCGCAGGUCCCACCUACCUCAUCAUCCAGCUCAACACCAACUCCAUCAUUGGCGAUGGGCCGAUCGUGCGCAAGGAGAUUGAGUACCGCAUGGCGCGCGGCCCGUGGGCAGAGGUGCACGCGGUCAACCUGCAGACCUACAAGCUGUGGCACCUGGACCCCGACACCGAGUACGAGAUCAGCGUGCUCCUCACGCGCCCGGGGGACGGUGGCACUGGCCGCCCCGGGCCGCCCCUGGUCAGCCGCACCAAGUGCGCAGAGCCCAUGAGGGCCCCCAAAGGCCUGGCUUUCGCUGAGAUCCAGGCCCGCCAGCUGACGCUGCAGUGGGAACCACUGGGCUACAAUGUGACGCGGUGCCACACCUACACCGUGUCCCUGUGCUAUCACUACAUCCUGGGCAGCAGCCACAACCAGACGGUGCGGGAGUGUGUGAAGAUGGAGCGGGGUGUCAGCCGCUACACCAUCAAGAACCUGCUGCCCUACCGGAACGUUCACGUGCGCCUCGUGCUCACCAACCCCGAGGGGCGCAAAGAAGGCAAGGAGGUCACCUUCCAGACAGACGAGGACGUGCCUGGUGGGAUUGCGGCCGAGUCCCUGACCUUCACUCCACUGGAGGACAUGAUCUUCCUCAAGUGGGAGGAGCCGCAGGAACCCAAUGGCCUCAUCACUCAGUAUGAGAUCAGUUACCAGAGCAUCGAGUCAUCAGACCCGGUGGUGAACGUGCCAGGCCCACGACGUACCAUCUCCAAGCUCCGCAAUGAAACCUACCACGUCUUCUCCAACCUGCACCCAGGCACCACCUACCUCUUCUCCGUGCGAGCCCGCACGGGCAAAGGCUUCGGUCAGGCGGCACUGACGGAGAUCACCACCAACAUCUCAGCUCCCAGCUUUGAUUAUGCUGACAUGCCGUCGCCCCUGGGGGAGUCUGAGAACACCAUCACCGUGCUGCUGAGGCCUGCCCAGGGCCGCGGUGCGCCCAUCAGUGUGUACCAGGUGAUCGUGCAGGAGGAGCGGCCGCGGAGGCUGCGGCGGGAGCCAGGCGGCCAGGACUCUGAACUGGCGGCCAGCAGUCUGCCCGAGGCCAUGCCCUUCACCGUGGGCGACAACCAGACCUAUCGCGGCUUCUGGAACCCACCGCUUGAGCCCAGGAAAGCUUACCUCAUCUACUUCCAGGCAACAAGCCACCUGAAGGGGGAGACCCGGCUGAAUUGCAUCCGCAUCGCCAGGAAAGCUGCCUGCAAGGAAAGCAAGCGGCCCCUGGAGGUGUCCCAGAGAUCAGAGGAGAUGGGGCUCAUCUUGGGCAUCUGUGCGGGGGGACUUGCCGUCCUCAUCCUCCUCUUGGGGGCCAUCAUUAUCAUCAUCCGCAAGGGGAGAGACCACUAUGCGUACUCCUACUACCCGAAGCCGGUGAACAUGACCAAGGCCACGGUCAACUACCGCCAGGAGAAGACGCACAUGAUGAGCGCUGUGGACCGGAGCUUCACGGACCAGAGCACCCUGCAGGAGGAUGAGCGGCUAGGUCUCUCCUUCAUGGACGCCCACGGCUACAGCCCCCGGGGGGACCAGCGUGGCAAUGGGGUCACUGAGGCCAGCAGCCUUCUGGGGGGCUCACCGCGGCGUCCGUGUGGCCGGAAGGGCUCCCCGUAUCACACGGGGCAGCUGCAUCCUGCGGUGCGUGUGGCCGACCUCCUGCAGCACAUCAACCAGAUGAAGACGGCCGAGGGCUAUGGCUUCAAGCAGGAGUACGAGAGCUUCUUUGAAGGCUGGGAUGCCACAAAGAAGAAAGACAAGGUCAAGGGCAGCCGGCAGGAGACUGUCCCGUCCUAUGAUCGGCACCGAGUGAAGCUCCACCCGAUGCUGGGAGACCCCGAUGCCGACUACAUUAACGCCAACUAUAUAGACGGUUAUCACAGGUCAAACCACUUCAUAGCCACUCAAGGGCCGAAGCCCGAGAUGGUCUACGACUUCUGGCGCUUGGUGUGGCAGGAGCACUGUUCGAGCAUCGUCAUGAUCACCAAGCUGGUGGAAGUGGGCAGGGUGAAAUGCUCGCGGUACUGGCCGGAAGACUCGGACAUGUACGGGGACAUCAAGAUCACGCUGGUGAAGACGGAGACGCUAGCAGAAUACGUUGUGCGCACCUUUGCCCUGGAGCGGAGAGGCUACUCUGCCCGGCACGAGGUCCGCCAGUUCCACUUCACAGCGUGGCCGGAGCACGGCGUCCCCUACCACGCCACGGGGCUGCUGGCCUUCAUCCGGCGCGUGAAGGCCUCCACCCCACCUGACGCUGGGCCCAUUGUCAUCCAUUGCAGCGCCGGCACUGGCCGCACAGGCUGCUACAUCGUUCUGGACGUGAUGCUGGACAUGGCCGAGUGUGAGGGUGUCGUGGACAUUUACAACUGCGUGAAGACCCUCUGCUCCCGGCGCGUCAACAUGAUCCAGACUGAGGAGCAGUAUAUCUUCAUCCAUGAUGCAAUCCUGGAGGCCUGCCUGUGUGGGGAGACCACCAUCCCUGUCAGUGAAUUCAAGGCCACCUACAAGGAGAUGAUCCGUAUUGACCCUCAGAGUAAUUCCUCCCAGCUGCGGGAAGAGUUCCAGACGCUGAACUCGGUCACGCCGCCACUGGACGUGGAGGAGUGCAGCAUCGCCCUGCUGCCCCGCAACCGAGACAAGAACCGCAGCAUGGACGUCCUGCCGCCUGACCGCUGCCUGCCCUUCCUCAUCUCCACCGAUGGGGACCCCAACAACUACAUCAACGCGGCCCUGACUGACAGCUACACGCGGAGCGCAGCCUUCAUCGUGACCCUGCACCCACUGCAGAGCACCACGCCUGACUUCUGGAGGCUGGUCUACGACUACGGCUGCACCUCCAUCGUCAUGCUCAACCAGCUGCACCAGUCCAACUCCGCCUGGCCAUGCCUGCAGUACUGGCCGGAGCCGGGCCGGCAGCAGUAUGGCCUCAUGGAGGUGGAGUUUGUGUCAGGCUCAGCGGACGAAGACUUGGUGGCCCGUGUCUUCCGCGUGCAGAACAUCUCGAGGCUGCAGGAGGGGCACCUGCUGGUGCGGCACUUCCAGUUCCUGCGCUGGUCCGCGUACCGGGACACACCGGACUCCAAGAAGGCCUUCCUGCGCCUGCUGGCCGAGGUGGACAGGUGGCAGGCGGAGAGCGGGGACGGGCGCACGGUCGUGCACUGCCUAAAUGGGGGUGGCCGCAGCGGCACCUUCUGCGCCUGCGCCACGGUCCUGGAGAUGAUUCGCUGCCACAACCUGGUGGACGUUUUCUUUGCUGCCAAAACGCUUAGGAACUACAAACCCAAUAUGGUGGAGACCCUGGAUCAGUACCACUUUUGCUAUGAUAUGGCCCUGGAGUACCUGGAGGGGCUGGAGUCAAGAUAGCGGGGGCCCCUGGCCUGGAGCACCCACUGUGCACUCAGGGCCAGGCCUGUCAUCGUUACCGAGAGGAAGACCUGUGUCCCCAACUCUGCUCAACCACAACCCAUAGGGAAGGCACUGGAGUGGGUGAUGGGCCUUCUUGGUGCUGCCUUCACGGGGGGCAGGGCCUUGCGCCAAAUGUACCGUGGGCAGCCUGGGGGCCAAGGAGGAGCUUAGCAAGACUGCAGUCCAGCCCACCUGCGUGGGGUCCUGCUGGCCUGUGCCGAGAGGCCGGGCACUGCCUGGCAGAGUGACAGGAGCUCAGAACUGCUUGCUCGGGGGGACUAGGCUCAAGCCCUGUGACUGUAUCCCAGUCCUUGGUGGGAUGUGUACCAGGCCAACAUUCCACCCAGCAUGGCUCCACAUGAGCAGGGAGUGCGUCGGGCUUUGGCAUCUAGAAUCCCAUCUGGCCCAGUCCCUGCGGUCCUGGGGAGACUGGGCUUUGCUCUGAUUUGCCAGUGGGCACAUCAGACUGAGGUUCCCCAGGCGGAACCGCAGCCCCUCCUCCAGCGCUGCGCCCCGUAGCCCCUGGGAAAUUUUGCUCAUGAUCCCUUCCACUUUUGCUUCCCUGACAUGUGCUCUGAGUUCCCUGAACCAGGAUCUGCCCACCCCUCCCUUGCCCGAUGCGAAGCCCCUUCCCUGCCUGACCCAACGUCUGCAGAAUGAGACACAACCUCAGGCGCCUCUGCCUAUAACUUCCCGGCCUCGCUGGCCGGGCCCUGCUCCCUCUGGCCCAGUGACAGUCUGAACAAUAAGGCUGAACAACAGCCCGUGGGGUUGAGGUUCCUGUGGCUCCCGAUCAGGCUGCCAACUGGGGAGAGAGCACUGUUAGGUGAGGGCUGCUCCCAACCCUGAGAGUUCAGAGGAAGAAGGUGUGUUUUGGAGUGGAGGAUCGAUGCUUUUUUGUUUAGUUUUUGAUGGGUGGGUGGGAAGAUCUCUACAACGGGGCAGGCCACACCCCCAUUCCGUGCCUCAAAUUCCCCAUCUGUAAACUGUAGAUAUGACUACUGACCUACCUCGCAGGGGGCUGUGGGGAGGCAAAAGCUGAUGUUUGUAAAGUGCUUUGUAAAUAAACGUGCUCUCUGAAUGCCACA